AGAAUCAACUUUUGGGGUUUACUUACCUGGAUGAUUGAGCAUCAGGACACUUUUUAAGUUAUUCACAGUAAUGAAUCUCUGUAAACUGUUAUUAUAAUGACAAUGACAGAUAUAGUUCUGACCAUCACAAGCUCCAUGUUCUUUUCUUGGAGCUUCUUCAAGGUUAUUUUUUGACUAUUUUUACUUUCAUUGGAAAGUGGAGCAGUGAAGAUUAGACAAGAAAGUACAGAAAUAGAUCAGAAGAAGACAUCAAGCAAACAGCUGGACUCAGCCAUGUGGCAUAUGGUCUUUUUCUCAAUCAGUGAUUUAAACCUUGGUGUUAUUGGUGUUGUUGCUAUGCCAACCAGCAGCUGGUUCUUCCAUUACAUUAGCCUGUUCCUGCUGAUGGUGUCGUCCAAACAGAAGAUAAGUCUUUGUUAGUCUGUAGAUGUUGGAGGAGCUCCUCAGUGGGCUGUUCCUCUCAGAGAGUCUGCAGGACAGUUUGGUCUGGAAGCUCCUCCUGUGUCCUCGAGGAUCAGAGUGUAAAAUGAGAAGUUCUGUCUCAGUGAACAAACACCUGCUGAACUUUGACCUCCAGGAGAAAACCCGAUAACAUUCCCCCUGUGAGCUCUCCAUCAUCAGCCGGUAAAAAGUGAGAUCUGCUCUGAGCUGCUCUGUGAACACAGACGAGACUUUGUGCUUUAGACUCUUUGAACCUCCAGCAUUCAGUGAAACUACAAAUGGAUGAUUCAAACAGGACAUGGCAUUUCUCUACACCUCUGAAAACCUGCUGCUGUCUGUGUUUGUUGUUCUCUCAGUGAUUCCAGUGAAGGUGGAGGUGGAGGAGGGGGCGGAGUCUGUCCAGCUGCCCUUCAAAACUACAAAACAGCUGUCGGGGGAAAUUCAAGUGAUAUGGGAACGUUAUGAGCCGUUCCAGAAGGCUCACGUGUUUACAAACGGCCCAAACCAAUUUGAAGAACAGCACGAGGUUUACAGAGGCCGAACUGUGAUGAACAAAGACCUGCUGGAAACUGGAGACCUCAGUCUGACCCUGAAACAGCCCACAGAGAGAGACAGUGGAGAGUACAAGUGUUUGGUCUGGAGGAAGGGAACCUUCAUCAGAAAGAAAAUCGUGAAGCUCAAAGUCAAAGGUCCAGGAUCAAACAGGGGACAUCAGGACCAGAAGCAGCUCCAUUGAUCCGACUCCUCUGACGGCUGAUCAAUCAGUGUUACGACUGCUGUCGUAAUGUUGUCUCUCAUGUGCAAAUGUAAGUGUGCAGGUGCAUUUCUAUCAUUGGUGGAUCCCUGAGACGGUGCCUGCAGAUUGGUUAGCUACAUGGAGACAACGUAUUUGAUGACUCCACCAUGGACGGCCUGCCAUUCAUCCUCGGCCCAUCACAGCCAGCAGUCUAGUGAUGCUUGUUUUACACAGGAGCAUGUAGGGGUGGACUGCCUUUUUAUUUGAUUACCGUUUUCUCCUGUUUUUGUUAGUUAGGGCGGUAAGUUGCUGUCAUUUGGUUUAAUUCUUUUGAGUAGGCAGGUUUGAUAUAUUCUUGAGAUAGGUUUCUUUUGUUUGUUGGUUUUGCGUUAGGUCCACCCUGAAGUUAUAGUUCGCUCCUUUCCUUUGUGUUUAACUCACUCAUUGUAAAUAAAUCACCAUCAACUUGUACUUAUUGUGUGAUGUGCUGCUUGGGGUCGGACGGGGAUGGAUUACCCUCACAGCCCUAGACGGGCCAUAACAAUCAGUUUGAUCUGUGUGAUUGAUUAGUGAUGUCAGUCAAACAGCAUGAUCACAGGACCAUAGUUAUGCUUUUUGUUCUUACUUAAUUUGCCUUUGUUAAAUUGUAAAUUUGGUUUUAAUCCAAAAUAUUAUAAUAAUUAUUGUUCUAUGAAUUUAACCAACGUCACUCUGACCUUUGAACUUUUUCUACAUUUUGUGGUUUUGCUGUGUCAGCGUUGUAACACAGAAACACAGAUUCUACUGUUAAGUCCAGUUUCCUGGUGUUGGUGUUCAGAUGUGGUGUAGCCCCCACCACCCGUCCUGUUUCCUCAUCGGUCUGCAUCGUGUCACUACACCUGUCCUGGACUUUGUCUGAUCAGCUGUUGUGUUUCUCUUCCCAUAUUCCUCGUCUCUGUCUCACCAUCUUCAUCCCUGUCUGGGCUUUAAUUAUCAGCUUUAAGCAAAUCAUUUAUUUAUUUAUCUUUUUAGUUUCAAAUAGUUGUACAGCACUUUGUUUGAAAACACUUAUAAAUAAAGUUAUUAUUAUUAUUAUUAAAGCUUCUGCUUUACUCAUCUUUCGUCUCUGGACUGUUGGACAGAGUCAUGUGACCUGCACAGGGACUACACAUGGAAACGAGCAGUGUAGCUCAAAUCUGUCAGGUUUCCAUCUUCUGUUUUUGAGAUAAAUUUCUAUUGACACACAAAAUAAAAUCAGCUGGCUGACCUUUAAUCUGA